CGUCAAUCUCUCUUCAAACCACAAAAACGCAGUGUUUGAACAAAACUGCUUUCUCUAUAUAUACCCAAACAAUCUCAACCCUCUAUAACCCUCUAACCCUAUCUCUCUCUCUAUCUCUAUCUAUACAUCUCCUUUAUCUUUGCACCACACGUUUAAACCUCUGGGCUUGGCAAGUUUUGGCCUUUUCAUUCAUUCAGAUGGCCAUUCCCUACCCCCAUUUCAUCGACACCGAGAAGGCCGCCAUGGACGCCGGCCUUCUCCUCCCUUCCUCCUCCCGCUCCCCCUCUGUCAUAUUCACCCAAGAUGACCUCAAGAAGAUCGCCGCCUACAAGGCCGUCGAGUACGUCGAAUCCGGCAUGGUUCUCGGCCUUGGCACUGGCUCCACCGCCAAGCACGCCGUCAACCGCAUCGGCGAGCUUCUCCGCCAGGGCAAGCUCAAAGACAUCGUUGGAAUACCCACCUCCAAUAUAACCCACGAACAGGCACUCUCCCUCGGGAUCCCCCUUUCCGAUCUUGACUCCCACCCUGUUGUCGAUCUGGCCAUUGACGGCGCCGACGAGGUUGACCCCUUUUUCAACCUCGUCAAGGGUCGCGGUGGCUCCCUCCUGAGGGAGAAGAUGGUGGAGAGCGCGUGCAAGAAGUUUAUUGUCAUUGUUGAUGAGUCCAAGCUUGUGAACUAUGUAGGGGGGAGUGGAUUGGCCAUGCCCGUUGAGGUUAUUCGGUUUUGUUGGAAGUUCACUGCCGAGAGGUUGCGCAAGCUGUUUGAGGAGGCUGGGUGUGUUGCCAAGCUUAGGACUGUUGGGGAGAAGGAGGAACCCUAUGUCACGGACAAUGGGAACUUCAUUGUGGAUUUGUAUUUCAAGAGGAGUAUUGGCGAUUUGAAGGUUGCCAGUGACGCAAUUCUGCAGCUUGCUGGGGUGGUAGAGCAUGGCAUGUUUCUAGAUAUGGCUACCACGGUUAUUGUGGCAGGGGAGCUGGGCUUGACGGUGAAGAAUAAAUAGUUUUUGAGGCUUUGGAAGAGGGUUAGGAAAAUGAAGGUAGGUUAAUUGGUCAAGGCUGAGCUUUGACAUGGGGUUCUAACUAAUUGUACGGUGUAGUAGUGAAGUCUUUUAUUCAGGGUAAUGGGGGGUUCAAUGAAAUCCUUUUGCUAUUGAAUACAAAUGUUAGAGAAAGUUUCUUAAUACUCGGUAGUUUUGUUUGCUUUUUUGGGGGGGAAGUGGGAGGGACCGUGGAGACUUCUUGGGAGCUGAUCAUUAGGAUAUUAAUCUAAUGCAAUGACUGUUGUGUGGUAUUGAAUCAUUUUCCACACAAUAUGUUAUUGAAUUGACAAUGUUUAACAAAUUCAAUCUAUCUAAUUCAAUUUUUCUUUUUUUCC